AUGGGAGCGCGGGGCUCCUCCAACCUGGACGACAUCCUGUCCGAGGACAUGCACCACUGGUACAAGAAGUUCAUGAAGGACUCCGCCUCGGGCCUGGUGACGCUGUUUGAGCUGAAGACCAUGCUGAGCCUCAAUGGCAUGACCGAGGAGGCCAACAGCUACGUGGACCAGGUCUUCUUCACCUUCGACAUGGACGGGGAUGGAUACAUAGACUUUGUGGAAUAUAUUGCAGCACUGAGCCUGAUGUUACGAGGGGAAAUCAACCAGAAACUGAAGUGGUAUUUCAAGCUCUUCGAUCAGGAUGGGAAUGGGAAGAUUGACAAAGAGGAAAUGGAAACUAUAUUUCAGGCGAUACAAGACAUCACCCGAAGCUAUGACGUUCCUCCACAGGAUAUCGUGUCUCUCAUUUAUGAAAAGAUUGAUAUCCACGGGGAAGGUGAGUUAACACUGGAGGAGUUCAUCUCUGGAGCAAAGGAGCAGCCAGAAAUCAUGGAAAUGCUGACGAAAAUGAUGGACCUGACUAACGUACUUGCGAUAAUCCUCGACGGCCGACGGAACGGCGAUUAAGACCUACACGGGAGUGAAGGUGCACAGGACAAGUUACAGAUGUGUCGAGAAAAAUC